GAACGCAUUCCAGAAAACCAUGAGCGAGGCGAUAGUUUCAACUCCCGCGGGGCCAGCCGCCACAGGCAUCGUCAAGGCAAACUCGAUCUCGACCAUCACGGACACGUUCGGCAAACAGAGCACAGGGAAAUCCAACGAUGCCACCAAGGACGCGGAGCUGUCGACGGGAUCGCCGCUGCCCACGUCCAUCUACGUCAAAAUGGGAGAUACAAUUCAGCUAGCAGCCAAGGCGCAGGAGGGGGAACUUGGCCGAGUACGUUUCAUCGUCGAUCCUGCCAUCAAGCAAACGCUGCUGGUGGUGCCCCCUAUUCAAGAAGGCACUUCAAGCGAACUGGCCACGUUUACCAUUGCCCCCGUGGGCGGUGCCGAAGUCGGCAGCGAGCUGAGCUACAACCAGCUCUUCACGCUGCAAAUUGCCGGGGCGAAUGGGGCGGCUGUCAAGUCUUUAAACAGCAAUCCGCCUGGGAUGUCGGACGGCAUUGGGCUGCAGGAGCCAGGCAUCAAGGGUGAAAUGACGUUCAUGUUUAAAGGGAAAGACACGUCCAAGAUCCAAUUCAACGACGCGAACCUCGUCCUGACGUGCCAUGACGCGAACCGCACGCGAAAGAACUUCAACAACGUCGUGACAUUCAUCAAGAAGUCCAAAACGGCUGGCCACGGGGGCUUCCUCACGACGGCGAAGAAGGGCCCGGCCAUCACGUUCACCGUGACACGCCCCAACGUUGUGCCUGCCGUUCGGCUGACAUACCGCGAAGUCAGCGAUGGCGAAUCGGACAUGAUUCGAAGCGAAGCGGCAUCGGUUGUGGUGUCUGAAGUCACAAAGCCCACCGACUCGUUCACGGCAGCAGUCAUGUCCCCCCUUCCCCCAACGCCCACGGAGUCGUUCUCAGGACUCGACGGUAGCAAUGCUGUGACGUUGCCAUACGUCCCCCCGACACUCCCCCCUCCUUCUCCGUCUAAGCGCGCUUCGCUUGCUGUGCCGUCCACUCUGGUGAAGGUGGCUACGUCGGCCCUUGUCGAAACGACCAGCUCUCCUACCCACCCUGUCGCCCACACCACUGUAAAGCAGAGCAGCAACGACGACGGCGAUGUUGUUGUCGUACGCAAUACGUCCCCCGCUGUCCAAGACUCCAAGUCUGUGGACGCCUCGCCUGGGGGUCCCCAAACCGAGCACAAAGCGAAGGCCGCCCCCGUCAACACGUGGAAGCUCUCGUCGACUCAAGCGAACGACGACGACGACACCAUUGCGCGGGACGACGUCGAGGGAGCUCCCCCUUCAGCCUGCGCGCACUGCACACUUCAGUAGCGAGGUUGUCGAGCAUGCCCCGCGUAUUUUCUGCAUUGUAUUCGACAAAUUGAUGUGCAUCCUCGAAAGGUGUGGUUGGAUCGGUU